GCAGUUAAAAAAAAAGAACACUAUAGACAAAAUACCGCACAGACGCACUCGUUAAGCCUCUCCAGCGCGCCUCCAUAGCGCCCCCGCAGAGCGCAGCGGGCUGGUCCUUUAAAGACAAGAAAAAAAGGGAAGCGUCCCACUUCCGGUGUGAAAGACAAAAACAGACAGAGGGGCGUCCCAGCGGAGAGAAGAGGGCAGCGCUUUGACGCAGAGAGGCAGUUUGUUCCGCAAGGUGCACAUUUAGCGCAAAGCCAGAGAAGCACGUAGCGCUCCGGCUGCAUCCACUGACACAGCACCAUGGUGAAGAUCAGCUUUCAGACUGUCGCGGGACAGAAGGGGGAGAAGGAGGGCGAUGGCGACAAAACCGAAAUACUUAUCCCGCAUCCAAUGGAGGAAGAGGAGCUGGUUUUGCCUCUGCGACCCAAAAAGUCCCCUCUGAACGGGCUUUGCUGCCUGACCUUCGGCCUGGUGGUUUUCAUGGCUGGUCUGGUCCUGGCCUCCAUCUAUGUUUACCGCUACUAUUUCAUCCCUCACAUCCCAGAGGAGAACCUGUUUCACUGCAGGGUGCUGUAUGAGGACUCUGUGUACGCCCCUCUGCGCGGCCGUCAGGAGCUGGAGGAAAACGUUGGCAUCUACCUUGGCGACAACUAUGAAAAGAUCUCUGUACCCGUGCCACACUUCGGAGGCAGUGACCCAGCAGACAUCAUUCACGACUUCCACAGGGGACUGACCGCCUACCAUGACAUUGCACUGGACAAGUGCUAUGUGAUUGAGCUCAAUACCACCAUCGUGAUGCCACCUCGAAACCUCUGGGAACUUCUCAUUAAUGUCAAGAAGGGUACGUACCUGCCUCAAACCUACAUCAUCCACGAGGAGAUGGUGGUGACGGGGAAAGUGCACAACAUGCGUCAGCUGGGCCCCUUCAUCUAUCGCCUGUGCAAUGGCAAAGAGACAUACCGCCUGAGCCGUCGCCUCACACACAGACGCCUGAACAAGCGUGACACCAAGGACUGCCACCACAUCCGCCAUUUUGAGAACACGUUUGUGGUGGAGACCGCCAUCUGCGAAGAACCAUAGAAGAAAAAAAAAUCAUACUUACCACUCCGCUGUUUAAGCGCAUCGCCAGUCACUUCCCAAGCCACUGUAGCAACCUCUAGUGGAACAUGUCUGAGUUGCACUUUACUAUAACGUUUUAAUCCGUUUUUUUCCUUGGGUAAUAAUUUCCAUUGGUUAAUAGCCUACUUCCAAUGUGAUGCAAUACUUAACAAAUGGUUCUAUCACAGGAUUUUUCCAUGUAGCAAAGUCUAAAGGCAAAUAAUGCGUUUUGGUUUAACAAUGUCUCAAUGGGAUUUGUGAAUGGUUACUGUUGUUAAGAGAAGGCUCCAUGCGUCGUUUAGGUGACUGUGUUGUGUUGUAUGUUUUAUUUCUCAUGAGAUUUUUUAACUUUUCUCCGUGCUACUUCUCAGCUUUUUGCAAGGCAUACUUCUCUGCUUAACAAGCCAAGCACAUAGAUUUGAAUAAGAAUUUUAUGUAUUUCAUUAUAUUGUACAGUGGUUGUCAAUUGUUCACACAUAGUACAAGUACGACUGGAUUUAAGAUGGCAUUACAAUUGUUUUAUAAAGUGUAACUGAAUUUGGGGCAUAGUAUACUAAAUAUUGAGUAGGUGUAAUUGGAUACAUGUACUCUAUCUAUGUGCAGAAAUUGUUCAAAAUCUUGGUUGUCCUUGUUUCCACGCAGGGCUUUAUAAUGGACUUAAACUGAUCUGAGCCAGUUGGAAAUCCAAAUGGGCAAAUCCAGAUUAAACCACUAAAUCACUUAUAAACAAGAAGUACACCAGGUCUUUAGUCAACCAGGACAAAAAUUUACUAAGGCUAAACCUGGACUUAACCAUCUCAAAACCUGCCUGGGUGAAUUAAUGAAGCAGAUUAUUACGUGACAGUUGCGAUUUACACGGAUAAACCAAUUUGGGGUCAUACCAAACCUAUGUAUAGUGAUUUUUAAAAUGUCUGCAAAUGGUCUGAAUCAAAUAACACUGUCAUAUGUUUACACACACCAUACGUCUGAUCAUUAUCUGAUUUCUGGGGUUAUGGGAUUACCGAAAUGCCAUGUGAACAUAUUAUAUUAUAUAUUUUGAUGAGAGUGAUCUGAUUUCCUUCUGACCUGUGCGGGUUUUGACAAGGGCAGGGCUAACUGACGUGUCAAAGACAAAAAAAAAAAAAAAAAUAUAUAGUUGUUUUUUUUCAGACCAAGGUUUUGUUAGUGAGCAGCCGAAACUGUCAGGUAUGAAAACAAACUAAACCUUGUCAUGAAAAAAGAAUGUAUUAAAAUAAAUGGAAGACCAGAUGAACCUCAUUGGGCAAGAAUAGUUAAAGAUUGAAAAAGUUAUUUUAAAAUUCACUGUACUUUGCCUCCCAAAUGUAACAGUUACAGUAGAACUUACAGUAGAUACGUCUGUUCUAGUUCUAUUUUUACUGGCCAUGAUGGAACUGUCAGAUUUACUAAAUAACAUGAUGUUACUACUAGCAGAGCCCCGUACUUGCACCACAGUUUGAAAACCACUGCUGUCAUACUUAUAGUGACUUUUGAUGACAUAUUGCUUUGCUUGCUUUAUAUGCUUUUGCUUGGCUUUUCAGCUUUUCUUUUUAUACAAUUUCUAUUGAGUUAAACAGGGUUAAGCUAAUAUUAUUAAGCACAUUUUGUAAAUUUAAACACUGAAAAAUGUUAGCCUAAUGAUUAUAAUUUAGAUGCAUACUUGUCAUCGUAAUGCAUUUGUAAAUUAAAAGCCCUAAUUUCUUGCAUGUUGUUCGUCCCUAAGAGGAAGCAGCAAUGUUAGGAUGUUUUGUAAAAUUAUGCUCAAGCCUUAGUCCAGAUUUCGGGCUAAAGUCAAUACUUCUGAAAAGGGGCUAAUUAUUAUUGUAAAACAUGUUAGUUACAACUCGACUCUGAUCUGUAUAUUUUGUCUGCCAUUGGAAUUUGUCUGUGAAUAAAGUAGUAAUAAAG